UUUCAAGCGGACAGCAGGUGAUCGCGGGCGUUCCGCAGCAAAUGGUGAAAAUCGCGUAAAACCAAAAGCGAGUAAAGUCGCUCCAAAAACGCGCACUUCGUCUUGGGCAAUCUGCGGUGCUUUUGGUGCUGCUGCAAUCGCGAGUGAAAUAGCAAGAUAUAUAUUCAACGGGAGUGCGAGAGAGAGGAAGCAAAGCGGCUGCCCACGGCAAUAAAGUUCGACUUGAUUUUUGUUUUAAUAUGUGAUGCCAAUACACAAUUCGACAAUCGAGAAAACGUGUUUACACUUAAUUUGCUAACGUGAUUCAAAAAGAAAAGUAACAAAAUGCGCCCCCAGGGAACGGAUAUUGGAGCUAUUCCCGUGCUGAUCUUAGUCAGCGUUUGUUUAUUCUACCAAACAUCUGCCCAGGGUCUUUACUCCAUUAUUGCACCGAAUACAGUGCGUCCGAAUUCACAAUUUCAUGUAGCUGUAAGCUUGCAUAAUGCCCCAGAAUCGGCCACAUUCAAAGUGGGAAUCCUUGGAAGCUCUUACACAGACUUUAAGACAGUGGAGUUGCGACCUUUUUCCACACAACUAUUGCACUUUGAGAUUCCGGCCCUGAAAACUGACCGAUAUCGUCUCACUACUGAGGGUCUUGGUGGAGUUCAGUUUACAAACGAGACCCAGCUGCACUUCGAGCCUAAGCAACAUACUGUUUUGGUUCAGACCGACAAAAGUAUCUACAAGCCCGGCGAUCUGGUUCACUAUCGCGUACUCGUUCUGGAUGCCAAUUUAAAACCUGCUCGAGGUUAUGGACGUGUUCAUGUGGAUAUCAAGGAUUCGGGCGAUAAUAUUAUUCGGAGCUACAAGGACAUUCGCCUGACCAACUCCAUUUACUCGAACGAAAUUCGAUUGUCGGAUUAUCCGCGCUUUGGGACCUGGUCCAUCGUCGUCGACGUAUCAGAACAAAUUUAUACACAAACUUUCGAGAUCCUCGAUCAUAUUCUUCCCAAAUUUGUGGUAGAUAUUGAUACUCCCAAGCAUGCCAUCUAUAAGGAUGGAAAAAUAGCAGCCACUGUCAAGGCGCACUAUGCUUUUGGUCAGCCAAUUGUGGGUGAGGCCACCCUAUCCAUCUAUCCCACUUUCUUUGGCUCUCUACAACCUUUUGUCAACGAUCUCAUUACCCGAAAAGUUGUACCCAUUGAUGGCAAUGCGUACUUUGAGUUUGAUAUAGAGAAUGAGCUUCAUCUUAAGCAGGAUUAUGAAAGGCAAUAUCUCUUGGAUGCCCUGGUUGAGGAGAAAUCCACUGGCUCGGUGCAGAACUAUUCAACAGUCUUGACGCUGCACUUAAAUCACUAUCGUGUGGAGACCGUCAAGGUGCCCAGUUAUUAUAUUCCUGGAGUGCCUUUUGAAGCUUCGGCACGUAUUGCCCGCAAUGAUGGCAGCCAACUUAGGGACUUUAAUCCCCAUAUCACCGCCUAUCUUACAAAUGUUUAUGGCAGCAGUGAGAUGUAUAAUCGUACUUCAUAUAAUUUGGACGCCAGUGGCGAGAUAAAGAUGAAGUUCACAGUUCCAAUCGGAGAUCGGGAUGAAUUCCAUUCCAUUAUUGUCGAUUACCAGGGUGUAAUUAGUGAGGUGGGAAAGAUUCCGAGAAAACAUCUACACAGCAAAAACUACAUCACAGCUAAGGUGUUGAAUGAUAGACCUACUGUUAACCAGGAAAUUUCAGUGGUGGUGCGCUCUUUUGAGCCCAUUAAGUAUUUCAUGUAUCAAGUUGUUGGACGUGGCGAUAUUAUUCUUUCUCGCAACGUGGAUGUGGCCGAUGGAACUUUCCACACCAUCAAAUUCCUGGCUUCAUUUGCAAUGAUGCCGCGUGCCAAGCUUCUCGUGUAUACAGUAGUGAAUGGAGAGUUUGUUUAUGAUGAGCAGGUCAUACAGUUUGAGGAAAACCUGCUUAAUGCGGUACAAGUUGAGGCUCCUAUUAGAGCACCUCCAGGCCAGGAUAUUGAUAUAGGCAUCAGCACCAAACCUUAUUCUUAUGUGGGUCUCAUGCUAGUGGAUCAAAAUGCCAAUGCCCUGCGGAGUGGUCACGAUUUAACCCACCAACGGCUAAUGGAUGCUCUACGCUCGUAUGAGCUGAGUGAUGUGAACACCCCAACGGGCUCACCAGGCAAGGAAUCUGGAGUUAUUACCAUGUCCAAUACAGACUACUUUAUCGAAAAAGAAGCUGAGAGCAGUCCGGCAUUAGGACGAGAUAUUUCCACUGGUCCCGAGGAAGAUAGGCUGACCACAGUGCGAAAAACAGACAUUGGACCUGCCCACAAAAUCGAGGUUAACACCUUACCUCCUGGCAAAGGACGAUAUGCCUUCUCCUAUACACCAAAGCCCUUCUGGCAUAAUCCAAGAGUUCAUGUGAUGCGCGAUCCUGCAGAUACGUGGCUUUUCUUGAACAUCUCAGCUGGCAGCGAUGGAAGGAACUCGAUCCACCGAAGGAUACCCAGUGAGAUGACAUCCUGGGUAGUUUCCGCCUUUGCCCUGGAUCCGGUUAAUGGCUUGGGAUUGUCGGCACCAAAUGGCAAAAUGGAGGCUUACAAGGAGUUCUUCAUAACCACAGAGCUACCUUACUCCAUAAAAAGGGAUGAACUAAUUGCCAUUCCGUUUGUGGUGCACAACAACAGGGAGAGUGACCUAAAUGUGGAGGUCACCUUUUACAACUCAGCUCUGGACUUUGACUUUCCCCAGCUAGAUCCCAAAGCCACUAACCAACCAAAAGUGGAGCUUUACAGGCGUAGGUCCUUGCAGGUCCCAGGAAAAUCAGCCCGCUCAGUCUCGUUUAUAGUAACACCCAAGCGAGUGGGUUCCCUUUUAGUCAAGGCAAUGGCUGCCUCGUCUCAAGCUGGUGAUACUGUGGAGCAAAACCUGCUGGUCGAGCAUCCUGGUGCCACGGAACGGGUUAACAGAGGUUUUCUGUUUGAACUGAACUCUAAUGCUCAGAAUAGGAGAAAUAUAACCAUUGCGGUUCCACGAAAUUCUAUUCCUGAAUCCACUCGAAUUGAAGUUUCAGCCGUUGGAGAUCUGGUUGGCAGCUUAGUGGGGAAUCUAGACAACCUUAUUCUCCUGCCAACCGGUUGCGGUGAACAGACUAUGGUAAACUUUGUGCCCAAUCUGAUGGUUCUGCGCUACUUGGGGCGUCUUCGGCAACUUACUCCGGAAGUAGAACUGCGUGCCACAAACAAUCUGGCAGUGGGCUAUCAAAGAAUUCUGUAUUAUCGCCAUGAGAAUGGUGCUUUUAGUGCAUUCGGAUUAGAUGGCAAACGGAGUUCCACCUGGCUAACAGCUUACGUGGCUCGAUCUCUACGUCAAGCGGCUCCCUUCACCCAAGUGGAUAGCAAUGUCCUUCAGAGUGCUCUGACUUAUCUGGCCAGUGUUCAAUCAGCAAAUGGUGGGUUUGAGGAGCGUGGUGAUGUCUUUGAGAGAUUCGGCGACGAUGGCAUUAGUUUGACUGCCUUUGUCACACUGGCUCUAAUGGAAAAUGUGGACCUACAUCCGGAAUACCGGAACAACAUCAACAAAGCCCUGGACUUUAUCACCAGAGGCUUGGAUGGUUCCAAUAAUCUGCAUGCCAUGGCCUUGGGCACUUAUGUGCUCUCUCGAGCUAAUCAUAAUGCCAAGGCUGCUUUUCUUCAGCGUUUGGAUUCGAUGGCAACCAACAAGGAUGGUCGCAAGUGGUGGAAUAAGACGGCACCUGCUGGUGAACAGCAGUCACCCUGGUAUAAUGCCACCCGAAAUGUCAAUAUCGAGAUCUCCGCUUAUGCGGCCUUGGCUCUUUUGGAAAACAACUUGGUGGGCGAUGCCUUGCCCGUCUUGAAUUGGCUGAUGGACCAGCGAAACUCCAAAGGUGGCUUUGUGGCGUCCCAGGAUACGGUGGUGGGCCUCCAGGCGCUCCUCAUGUUUGCCGAACGCUUUUCCAGUCAGGGCAAUAAUCUCCAAAUUGGCUUCCAUUAUGGAGAAGGAGCCGAAACGAUCAUUAAUGUCAAUGCUGAAAACUCACUGGCUCUGCAAACGGUGGAGCUACCCAACAAUCUUAAGAACCUGAGCGUUUCGGCAACUGGUCGGGGAAUGGCCUUUGCCCAAGUUAGCUACCAAUAUAACACGAAUGUGACCAGUGCCUGGCCGCGAUUUGUACUGGAUCCCACAGUGAAUCGCAACUCUCAUGCGGAUUACCUCCAUCUCUCGGCCUGUGCAAGUUUUGUUUCCGUGGUGGGCGAGGCCGAGCAGCGAUCCAAUAUGGCCGUGAUGGAGGUGCAACUGCCCAGUGGCUUUGUUGUGGACAGGGAUACACUACCCACCCUCGAGUCGAGUGAGCGCAUCAAGAAGGUGGAGACCCAGAACAGGAACACCAAGGUGGUCAUCUACUUUGAUUACCUGGACAGGAGGGAGGUCUGUCCCACUCUGCAUGCCUACAAGACGGUCAAGGUCACCAAGCAUCGACCUGUGGCGGUGGUCAUGUAUGAUUACUACGAUAACGCUCGUCGUGCAAGGCAAUUUUAUAGGGCGCCCAAGUCAAACAUCUGCGACAUUUGCGAGCACGCCAACUGCGGUGACCUCUGCGAAAAGGCCGAGAAACGCGAGUCCAAGCGACCUGAUGACUACACAGCGAUAGCGGGUCAUAGUUCAAGUGCGGACCUGAAAGCUAUUCCACUGGUACUGGUGGCGACGGCUCUGUUGAUUCUAUUUAAUACCCUCAGCUGUUAGAUGAUAAUGCCACGAAACGUGGAACCAACAUGGAAAUCGAAGCUUUAACAAAACCCACUCACAUAGUCCCUAAGAUAGCCUAAUGUAUAUGCCGUGAACUAAACCUGAUAUAUGUACAUCUAACGAUGCUAAAGUGUUGCCAAUAAAGUGUUAUAACGUUUACUAAAACCUGAA